UGAAUACGAAGCUGGCUAGUGGUCACGAGGUGGAGGACAUGAGCGAGGAGUGGCUGGCCAGGAUGGAGCAGGAACAGACGCUCUACAACAAAGGUAUGGUCCGCCUCAGGCCCGGAGGCUGGCUCUACCCGACGCUCUUCACCAAAUAUGCUGACGCCAUCUACAACUACAAGUUCACUGAUGGUGAUGUACUUGUGAUGGGAAUGCCCAGGUCUGGGACGGCCUGGAUGUUGGAGUUGGUGUGGACGAUGCUUCACAACCCCGACCUGAACCAGAGGGGCAACCUGCCCAUCUUCAUCAGAGCACCGCAUAUAGAUUUUGACAUGAUGCUUGACAGCAAGACCAUCAGAAGCACUGAGAAUCCUCAGCAGUUCACAGAAAUGUUUCGUCAAAUGUGUCCAGGCAAGAAGGUUGAAGACGGAGUGUUUCUGCAGAUGAGCGAGGCUCUACCUGCUCCUAGAGUGAUGAAGACCCACCUGCCCAGCACCCUCCUUCCGCCUAGCCUUCUUCAAACCACAAAGGUCCGAGUUGGUUACUGUUCUAAUGGUUUUAUGGGAAUAAAAUGGUUGGAUUUGCAAUCACUGCUUCAUGAAGCAAGAGUCGUACGGUUUGUAAUCAAACGAUUAGAGUAUUAGUUAAAA